GGAGGGUCUUUGUUACCCCCAGACCGACACUGAAUCAGUUCAGUACAGUUGGAGCCGGAGACAGACAGACGCUACAUCGGCAGAAACAGACGCGCAUCACGACAAGCGACUGGAAAACAAGACGCCGGCGGAUGUUUGCAAAGUAAUGAAUGCAUCCUGGCCGCAUUUACGACGCUGACGCGGUUAUAAUGUUUUUAUGAUGUCUCUUCCGCUACUGUAGCGGUUCUCCAUCUUCGCAGGAGCCACAUUACAGGCAAUCGCUGCUAAAGAAAUCUAUAACGGUCGCUGUUGUUGGUUGUACAAACGGAUAUGAUACUGUAAACGUUCGUGAUAUUUUUCUGAGGAUUGAGGAGAGAUUCUGCGCACUGCAGUAAGGCUACAUUCAGCAAUGCACGCGAUUGGACUGUGGAUGUGAUGGAUAUUGAGUGUUUGUCGGCAAAAGAGGUCACAUUUGGGUUUUCAUUAAGAACAAAGUUUGCUUGCACGAAAACAUCAAUUGAAUUUAUAGCGUUUUUGCAGUUGCUCAUCCACUGUGACUGAGUGGUUUAAAGCCACUAUCCUUUAACAGAUGAGAAGCAACCAGUUCCUACAACUUCAAUUGCCUGCACUAGCGGAAAAGAAUGGUGUUUAUGGCAGAAAUCUCAAAACAUAUCGAAAUCAUCCCAUAAAAAUAAUCACCCAGUCUGGAAUCGUAAUGAAAGUGUUGCGGAGAAAAAGAAUGGUACUGUUUAUAGCAUAUUUUCUGCUGUUAGUUCUUACCAUGUUGAACUUGGCUAACUACAGGUGGACUAAAGAACCUCAACGGUGUAACCUCCAGAUGAGAAGCACCCCAUAUCAGGGCAGGUCAGACAUUCGAUUCCUUUACAGACCAUCUCUUUCUAAGAAGAGACAGCUCGUCUAUGUUUUGACCACAUGGAGGUCUGGCUCAUCCUUUUUUGGAGAGCUAUUUAAUCAACACCCAGAGGUUUUCUUUCUGUAUGAACCGAUGUGGCACAUCUGGCAAAAGCUGUACCCAGGUGAUGCUGUGUCCUUACAGGGAGCAGGAAGAGACAUGCUAAGCUCGCUGUACCGCUGUGAUCUUUCAGUUUUUCAGCUGUACAACAGCCCUGGGGGCAAAAACUUCACCUCCCUUGAACUUUUUGGGGCCACGCUUAAUAAAGUCAUCUGCUCGUAUCCUCUUUGCUCCACUCAUAGAAAAGAAGUGGUUGGGAUGGUGGAUGACAAAGUGUGCAAAAAAUGUCCUCCACAAAGUCUCAGGCUCUUAGAGGAAGAAUGCCUUAAGUACAACACUAUAGUCAUAAAAGGGGUCCGGGUUCUGGACGUCAAUGUUUUGGCGCCCCUUAUGGAGGAUCCAUCUCUGGAUCUCAAGGUGAUUCACCUUGUGAGAGAUCCCAGAGCCGUGGCCAACUCCAGAAUCAAAUCGAGGCAUGGGCUGAUUCGUGAGAACUUGCAGGUGGUUCGAAGCAGGGAUCCCAAACUGCGUCGGAUACCCUUUGUGGAUCCUGGCCACAAAAUUAGCAAAAAGGAUGGAGCAGAUUACCAUUCGGUUGGGGCUAUGGAGGUGAUAUGUGAUCGGACAUACAGGAGCCUGAGGACUGCCUUAAAUCCACCCGGCUGGCUGAAAGGGAAAUACCUGGUGGUGCGCUAUGAGGAUCUGGUGGAAAACCCUGUCAAAAUGCUGCGGAAUGUUUAUCAAUUUGCUAAUCUCAGUGCCAACCUUGACAUCGAGUCUUUUGCUCUUAACAUGACGAAUGGCACAAGCUAUUCCUCAAAGCCAUUUAUUGUGUCUGCCAGGAACGCGACACAGGCGGCCAGUGCAUGGAGAACAGUGUUGAGUAUUCAACAGAUAAAACAAGUGGAGGAGUACUGCCAUCAUGCAAUGGCAAUCCUGGGUUAUGAACGUGUGAGAACAGCUGGAGAAGCAAAAGACUUGAGCAAGUCUUUAUUGACUGCUUCCAAACUGUGACAGAGUUCCCUCCCCAUUGAUAGCUUUCAAAUGUCCACUUGAAACAGAGCACCAGCUCAGUAACUUUUGAAGGAUUUCACAGUGAAGGAAUGUCAUAGCUCUUCGUGGUCAUUCAGUAGCACCCUUACUUUUCUAAAUGGACCUGAAGAUGUUUGAUACAGCAGCAUAUGUGAACCACAACUGGAAAACUUAUAUUGUGCAUACCAAAUGUUGCAUUUCCCCUUUUUUUCCCCAAAAUGGAUGCUUAAGGUUGUUUGGAAUGUUCUAGGUCUGUUUUUGAGUUUGCUGUAUGUAAAAUUGAGAAAUGAAAAUGGAAAAUGAGCAACAAAAAUACUGAUCAAAACUGUUAUGCGGAGUGCAGGUAAUGCUGAUUCUUUAGAAUCAAUUUAAAGACAAUCAUUGAAGUUCACAAUCUCCACACACUUUAUGAAUGCCAGUGUUGAGCAUGUAAAUAAAAACCUAAAGUAAUGCGUUGAAAUUUUUUUAAAGGCUUAAAUUACUGCUUAGUUCCUGCUGAAUUUGUCAAGAAAGCAUUUUAUUCCACUCAAGUCUGCUUUUAUUAUAAAUACAGGAACUUUAUAGCCACAAUUAUUGCAUUUAAGUAAAAAAAAAAAAAAAAAAAAACUGCUAAACUAGUUCAGAAAAGUGAAAGUAUUUCUGAGAAAAGAUCUAUAGCUGCAUUUGUUGGCUGAUUUGUCACUUGGUUUGAUAUUUUGAAAAUGUCAAGUAUGAAUAAUGCGUAACAGCAUUGCUAAGAAGGAAUAUUUUUUUUUUUUUGUUUUUUUUUUUUAGCUCAUGUGCAUGCUAUGGGACCUCUGCUUACAACCUCUGUGUCUUAUAUUUGUAAAAAAAAUAUAAUACAAUAUUGAUGUGAGAUAUGAAUGGGAGUGAGAGAAUACCAAAGCUAUCAAACAUUAAUUCAAACAGGGUUUCACUGGUUUAUUGUUGAUUGGUAAAUUGUUAUACCAUGACACUAGUUUACUGUUGAGUAAAUUGGUUAAUAAAGGGUUAACCUAGGAACUGUAGUUACUGAGAGUACAUCAACCCUAAUUGUUCAAUUGUGGUGUCAAUCUGCAAAAUUCUUUUCAAUGGUAAAUAUCUAAAGCAACAAGUAAACAAUUAACCAGAAUGAGACACUUGUCUUUCCAGUUUGACUGUGGAAUUAUGUGAAGUGUCAGAUUUUAAUGCAAAUUUUAAUCGUUUCAUGCAAAUUGUUCCUUUAGCACCCUUUAGUGCAUACUGGGAAGAAAGCAAAUAAGACUAAACCAUCGAUUUUUUCAGCCUAUUGUAAGAAAAGAAGAAAAAGAAGAAAAGAAGAAAAAUCCAGAUCAAAUGCUCAGUGAUUUUAUGUUUUAAACAACAACAAAAUCUAUAACAAUAAUGCUAAAUAUAUACAUUUAAAAAUCACUAAAUGCAAAAAGAAUAGCAAAGUUCACAUCUAUGAUGGAACAGAGGAGCAAUGUUGUUGAAAUCACUUUCAAAACAUUUUUUUCCCCCAGCAGUUGAUUGAUAAAAUUUUUGACAGCCAAUUAGAAUCCUUUCUGCUUAAGCAUUUAAAGCAGCAGAUGACAUCACUACUCUUGAGUUAUUGUGUUACAUGUAUCAUUACAGUUAUUGUUCUCAGUGUACACAGGCCUUUACUUGUGUUCCUGAAAGUUGCAAGUUGUUAUAAUCCCAGAAUAGUAAGUAAACCAAAAA